UAACCGUAUAAAUUCAAGGCAGUUAUCUUAGCGUGUGACCGACGUUCCUUGUUUUGGGUUUCACUGAUUACAGAAACAGAAAACUACUGCUUCAUUAGAGUGCCAUGGCACGUACCAAACAGACCGCCCGUAAGUCCACCGGCGGCAAAGCCCCCAGGAAGCAGCUGGCCACUAAGGCGGCCAGGAAGAGUGCGCCCUCCACCGGUGGAGUCAAGAAGCCUCACAGAUACCGUCCUGGUACCGUGGCUCUUCGUGAGAUUCGUCGGUACCAAAAGUCCACCGAGUUGCUGAUCCGCAAGCUUCCAUUCCAGCGUCUGGUUCGUGAGAUCGCUCAGGACUUCAAAACUGACCUGCGUUUCCAGAGCGCUGCCAUUGGAGCCUUGCAGGAAGCAAGUGAAGCAUACUUGGUUGGCCUGUUUGAGGACACCAACUUGUGUGCCAUCCACGCCAAACGUGUCACCAUCAUGCCCAAAGACAUCCAGCUGGCCCGUCGAAUCCGUGGAGAGCGUGCCUAAACUCUUGGCUAUUCACUCAAACUUUUUUUGUGUGGAGGAAUAUUUGGGAGGGUUUUGGUGCGAGGGUGGGUUA